UCUCGCUUGGUCUGUUAGGAAAUUUUACAUGAAUAACGUAUUGAAAUACGAUACUUAUUUUAAAAAAUGUUAUUGAUGUUACUUAAACUUUGAAGGUCAUUACAAAAGACUUGAUUUUGCUAUUCCCCGAUUUUAGUGUAAUAAUAUGUGGUUUUAUUUGUGUUGGAUACUUAGUGUAUGCACAUGUAUCUUAAUGUGGAUAAGGGACUGGCGGAGGAGAGGCAGCAUAAACAUCGUAUUCCUUCUUGUUUUGAUGAGUAGCCUUCUAGUUGGCAGUAGCAUUAUCGUCUUCAACUGUAGCUUGAGAGUUGAUGAGGCCAUCUGUGAGAAUGUAUGGAUGGCAUUACCUGCGAGUGUCUCGAUCAUUCUAUUGGUGUUCGUAUGUAUGCAGAUUACGGAGAAACUUUUAAUCACUUCAGGCAAAGACAAACGCGUCUCACCCGACUUUAAUGGAAAUAUAGAGUAUCACCAUCGGUCAAUGUGCACAGGACCAACAGAUAUUGUAUAGGAAAAUUUUACCAUGAGGUCCUGGUGUUUGGACCACAAACAGGGCGUGUUCUCUAGGCACUUCUAGGUGGUAUAAAAUGUAUACGUCCUAGUUUUCAACAGCUGAUUAAUACCUACGAUUCGAAUAGGUGUAUAGGUGUCUCUCUACCAUGAUAUCCUGGAUUUUAAACCACAACAAGUGAUUGUUCUCUCGGCGGCUCUAGGCGGUUCAAAAUGAUUUCUCAGCUGAGAUACAUGGGUAUACGAGAUGACGACCUACUGAAAAAAUGUAUACAAAAGGUUUCAUCACAGACCAUGUUUGAUGUUGACAAUGGAAAUGUUUCAUGAUCGAUUUCGACCUCGAAGAAGUGUUUAAUGGCCGAAAAACAUUGUUAGGAAUUAUGUCUGAGGUAAAUAGAUGACCUGACGAACAUCUGUGCACAAAUUAUAGCGUUGGUUCAACACCGUUUUGCAUUGCUAUAUGCUGGCAUGAUCACAUGUUGAAUCAAAAACAGAAAAAGUAUGUGCAAACCUGAAAGUUAAAGUGAUCUUGUUGUGCGAUGCUUUCUCUUUGUGCCAUAAUUGUUGACGAAAAAUAGUUAAUCAAUGAUGCAUUGUGAACGAAAUCGCUGUAAGAAGUAGCAUGUUGAAUAAAAAAAGGACAAAUAUGUGCAAAGUGUCUAUGGUCUUGUGAAUUGCUUUCCCUUCGUGCCAUAAUUAUUGACGAGAUGCAGUUUCUCCGUGGUACAAUGUACACGAAAUCAUUGUUAGAAGUUCCAGCUUCAUAAUAGUUCGUGGCAAUGUCAUGGCUGAGACUUGCAUGGCAAUAUGAUAUAUACAGUUGCUCAAAAAAAUUUAGAAAACAAUAGAGCAAGUUGUGCACGUCAGAAAGCUUAAUGUUAAAAUCAGAAAGGAAGAAACUCAAGUCAGAAAGCAAGAUGUACCAGUCAGAAAGCAAUAUGUACAACUCAAAUGCCACUAUUUUGCAAUAAUACUUUUCCCUGGAAUGACCUCAUGCUGUAUUUGGAUGGAAUACAAUAUGCCUACUUAAUUGUCCAAGAUGAUAUUUGUCAUUGAUUUCUUAUAUUGUAAUGUAAUGAAUGCUCAUUUGUUUUUCUUUAAUGAUAAUUUUCCUAGUUGAACUUAAGUUUGGAGAUAUGACUUGCGAAAAUAGUUAUUUCAGAAUACCGACCUAAUAAAAUAAAUCACUAACUGGUUUGUCAAUGGUUAAUAAACAAUCGGAGCACCUCGGCCGUUUUCCUUCGAAACAACAUUUGGUGUUUAUGGACGGUUUACAUUUAACUACACUGCAAGUUGAUCACGUAGUAAUCUCAAUUUGUCCUAAUAUGACCAAUAUGGCGAUUUUGUCACUUGUAAUGUUUACUAGCGUUUCUUUCUUUAUUUUGCAUCCUUAUAUAAGCUUCGUCGAUAUCAAUCGGUAGUCAAUCGAAUCUUUACUGCAACUUUGCCAUACUUUAAUAAAAUAAAUAUAUGGAGCCAUUACUUUUUUAUUACAUAAUAAAAUAUUUAAAAGAAAACACACAAAAUUUCACAAAGAUCAAAUCAUGAUGAAACUAGACAAACGAACCAACAGUACUGUCUCGUGGAUUUUUGUAGAUUUUGAUUUCACUCGGCUUGUGCCUCGUAAAAUCCGCAAAAAAUCCACUCAAAUACAACCUCCCAGAU